AUGGCCUACGAAACUCUGCUGAACAGCACGUACAGUCCUGUAUACGUGAAAAAAACCUACACCCCAUCGAAGGCCGUGAAGAAAAUCUUCAAAAUGGCCUGCAAACUACUAAAGGCCUCGUCCACCACUUCCAAGGGGCACAGGGAGCUCAAAAACACCAGCCUGCCAGCCCACGAGGAGAAUUCCUCGCAAAUAGAAUGCCUCGUACUUAGCGAAGAAGAAUUACAGAACUCCCAAAACGAAGAGUUGGAGGCAGCGGCGACAGCUCAACUUUUGCAACUGUGA